UUUGACGCAUGUCAAAUUAUUUUAAUAUUUUUCUUCUCUUUUGUAGAAAUUUUGUUAAUGUUGCAGGAAUUUGACAAGUGCCUAAAUCACAUUGGUUGUAAGCAGGAGCUCUUUCUCAAUCUUAAGGAGCCAAGCCAUGCUCAGAAGAGAACGUGAUGAUGAAUGUCUGUGUGAGAGAAUUGGUUAAUUUAGUGAAAAUCUAAUUGUGUUGAUUAUUUUUUCGACAAUUCGAAUCGUUGGACCACAUUGCAUAUAGUCGCAUCCAACAAUAUACAAUGCAUUUGAAUCUCUCUUAAUAUUUUGUGAUGGAUGAUAAAUGCAUGACAUAGAGUGCGUGAGUGUGAGUUGUUAAAACUUAAAACCUAGUUUAGUUAUAAAAAAAAAUAAGAAAAAAAACUAAAAGUACAUAUAUAUUAUAAUUGAAUUGAUACAUAUGGAAAAGCUUAGGGAACAAAAUAGCGGUGGGCGGGUGGCGUGAAAACUUGGUGUGACGCCGUCCAAAUAAACCUUCCAUCUCAUUUUCUCAGCUGCCACCCCACGCGCAAUCCUCAUGUAAUCAAUACCCUUACCACUCUAUCCUCUCUUAAUUCCCUCUUCUUCAUCUACUCAUCUUUUCUUCAUCUAAAGCUCCAUGCUCCAUGCAUAUAAAUACAUUUAUUAGCCUCUCUUUUUCUUCAACAAAAAUUUAUAUUCACUGCAUUCUUCCUGUCUACCUCCAUCCAUCUCUCUCUCUCUCUCUCUCUCUCUCUCUCUCUCUCUCUCUCUCUAUUGACGUCUCUCUGGAUCUCGAUCUCUCAAUCUCUCAGAAACAGAAGCUUCAAUCUCCUGAUAUUUUCCCUUUGGCCAGCGCAAAGGCACACAGCAGCAAUACAUUUAUUUAUUUUCCUGCUCGGAGACCAGAAGAUUGUUAAUGGAUCACAUGGAGUCUUGUGUUCCACCAGGUUUUAGAUUUCACCCGACAGAAGAAGAACUUGUGGGUUACUACCUGAAAAGAAAGAUCAACUCACUACAAAUUGAUCUAGACGUCAUUAUUGACAUUGACCUGUACAAAAUUGAACCAUGGGACAUACAAGCAAGAUGCAAGCUAGGUUACAGUGAACAGAAUGAGUGGUACUUCUUCAGUCACAAAGACAAGAAGUACCCGACCGGAACUCGGACAAAUAGAGCCACGGCUGCCGGAUUCUGGAAGGCGACAGGAAGGGACAAGGCAGUGCUUUCAAAGAACAACAUUAUAGGAAUGAGGAAAACCCUUGUGUUCUACAGAGGACGAGCACCUAACGGGAACAAAACUGACUGGAUCAUGCAUGAAUAUCGCCUCCAAACAUCUGAACAUGCACCCCCUCAGGAAGAAGGAUGGGUUGUAUGCCGGGCAUUCAAGAAGCCAAGCCCUAGCCACAGGCAAGGUUUUGAAGCAUUGAAGCAUGCUUACUAUAUCAGAGAACAUAACAGCCAUGCUUCAUCUUCAAAUUUUGGGAGUGAGAUGCAUAUGGUGAACCUGAGCCAAGGUUUUCAAUAUCAAUCCUUUGGUUUGGAUCAGCAAGAUCAUCUCAUUUCAAACCAUAUUUUCAUGGGCAACCAACUCACAGAACUUCCUCAACUAGAGAGCCCAAGCAUUUCAACAAGCUUGGCCAACAAACAAGGUGUGCAUGAGCAGCAAAACAAUAAUAUAACCACUGAACACUAUGACGACCAAAGGUGCAACAUGAAUAGCAGUGAUCAGCACAUAGAUUGGAGAAAUUUGGACAGCUUACUUGAAGUGCCAUUGAUACCCCAAAAUUAUGAGCAAGAAGCUCAAAACCACCAUCUUCUUGGAUGCUUUCCUGACUUGUAACGAGAAGAUCCAUGGUCUCAUCAGCAAAUUCUUGAUAAGUUGAUGGAUCAAUCUCUUUUUUUUUUUUUUUUUUUUUCUGUUUCUUUUUUCUUUAAAAAAAAAAAGAGAAAAGAAAUACAUGUAUGUAUUUAUGUAAGCUGAUGAAUUCAUCCUCCUAAUAAUCCAACCCAUGUCUAGUCUCGGGACAAGGUUAAAGCUAUAUGUCGAAGUGCUUGGGCCUCAGUUUUACUAUAGGGCAUAUAUGGCUGGAGGUGGAUUAAUGGGCAUUGAAUAUGAGCCCAGCCACCGCUACUUCUCAUCUCCCCCCUUAAAUACCCUUUUCGGCUGCCAAGACCCAUUUUUAUUUGUUUUUGGCAAACAAUUGUUUUUGGUGAUUGUAAUUUGUCACUUCUAUUAUUUUGGUCCCUAUUGUUUCAAUUUGAUCAAUUUAUCUAUGUAGUUUUCAAUUUAAGCAAUACAAGCCCGUUGUUAAGGGGCAUUUCGGUCCAAAAACAAAGGUAACCAAAAAAGUAACCAAAACUCAAAAACCAAA